AUGCUGCAUUCAUCGCCCAUAACUAGUUCAUUACCUGUCCAUGGUCCAAGCUCAACAUCUUCCCUCGGCUCCUUGGUGAUACCGAGUUCAGCCCAAUCUUCGUCGGCUUCGCUUCUAGGUGGAGCAACCAGCAUCAAAGCUACCACAGCCACACCGCUGGCCUCGACCUCUACGAGCAUACAGCCAACGACAACACCGGUGCCUACAGUGCCCACAAGUAGCAGUCCAGCUGUUGGAGCUAUUGCACCCAUAGGAGAAGCAAGUAGCAGCAGUUCUUCCACGUCCACACCGGUUAUUCCAACCUCCAAUCAUAUCCAGCCAGCGAAGGCUACGCAGGCACAAUCUACACCACUACAGCAGAUUUCCAAGUCAAGCUCCAAGCCAGUUGUGACCGUAACCGAGCCUGUGAUCGUAUAUGUGACCAAAGGAGCACCAAAGCCCUUCUCGACAAGCGUCAUCCACCACACACCCAGUGUGAACAACUCACCGGUGUCGUCAGCAGAGCCAACGGUAAAACCGUCCGUUGAACCAACAAUUACAUCUUUGAUGUUUGUGACCAUCCAUUCCACUGCAACGUCGGUCGUUCGUGUGACUGUUUACCCAUCAUCAUCAUCAUCUGCUUCUUCGUAUUCGGUCUUGUCGUCCUCAGCCGGGAGCGCUCCGAGUGUGAAUGCAGCGCCAAUUGACCCCACGACCGUAAACUCGGCAACACAAUCACUUUCUUCUUCGUCUUUGUUGUUGUCCUCUUCUAGUGAGAUUGCUCCUGUGGUGACAGCUCACGUCACCUCCACGAGUGUUGUUCCUUUGACUGUUUACCCGGCUACAUCACCGCCGUCCUCAAGUGAAGCUGCUUCUAUAGUGACAGUCCGUGUCACUUCCACAAGUGUUGUUCCGGUGACCGUUUACUCGACGACAUCGCCAUCUGCUCCAUUGUUGUCCUCCCUGAGUGAGACUGCUCCGGUUGUAACAGUCCACGUCACUUCCACAAAAACACUUCUCGUGACCUCCCAUGGGUCGACUGCUAACCGAGCAGCGGAAACUACACAUCCAGCAGAUCCUACAUCUGCUGUGGAUGCCAAUAUCGCUACCACAACUUCUAAACCACGCCAAGGCAUACUUACUGUAAACCCGGUUACGCCGCCUGGCUUCAUCACGAUCACUGAAACUGAGACCGAGACCAAGACGGUGACAGAUCGCAUUACUGAGACUGUUACUGCCACUGUUACUCGGGGUUAA